AAUCAAUGUCAUCACUCAACUCCUCCCCAUCAUCUCUUCAAACCUCCCUUUUUUCCAUUACGCUAUUAUUCUUUCUUUCUCUUAUUUUUCAAACCUUCAAGCAUAAACUCUCAAUCUUCGUCGAUCCCCUCAUACUGUUCGUGUUCCAGGUUUUGACAUCCUUAUCCUACUUUGUCUUCCGUUUAGGUCUAAAAAGCUCCGCAUAAUACGAUAUUUUCAAAAUGUCAUCUCCAAGUAAGAGAAGGGAUAUGGAUGUUAUGAAACUGAUGAUGAGCGAUUACACUGUGGAGCCAAUAAAUGAUGAAAUCAACAAGUUCUUUGUUGAAUUCCAUGGUCCAAAAGAAAGCCUUUAUGAAGGUGGAGUCUGGAAAGUCCGUGUGGAGCUUCCAGAUGCUUAUCCUUACAAGUCUCCUUCCAUUGGAUUUGUAAACAAAAUAUUCCACCCAAAUGUUGAUGAACUGUCUGGUUCUGUCUGCUUGGAUGUCAUCAACCAGUCGUGGAGUCCAAUGUUUGAUCUUUUAAAUGUCUUCGAGGUUUUCCUGCCACAACUCUUGCUUUACCCAAAUCCAUCAGAUCCCUUAAAUGGUGAUGCAGCAUCACUUAUGUUGAAGGAUAAGAAGCAAUAUGACCAAAAAGUGAAAGGUUAGUGGUGUUUCUUAAAUGUUCACAUUUAGUUUUGUGACUUUUGUCUUUUAUAUCAUUAUAUUGUUAUCCCAUUUUUUGAACCAUACUUGUCGUGGCGGUAAGGCGAGUCGAGGUGCCAGCCAACCAACUUAUCGCCUAGGCGACAAUGCACCCGCCUAGGUGACAAAUAGGCGACUAGUAGCACAUUGUGUAAUAUAUUAUGUACAAUUAUAUACUACGUAUGUUAUUACAUAUACCAUUCUAUUUAACUAUAUUUAAUUUGUAAUUAUUAAAGACUUCCUCUCUGUUCAUAAUUAAUUGCAACAUUGCGCUGGGCACAUAGAUUCUGACAUUGUAACCUUCAAUCUGACAAAAUUCUGACAUGAGCUUCGUUUUCUUUUAGC